AUGUUUUCAGAAUAUGCUUCGCGCUUCCUAGCUCAGUCACAGUCUCGAUUCUCCAAUUUCGUCCAACAGGAUAACGAAAUUCCAACUCGAAGUCCAAAUGAACGUUAUCAACGGUCGCAGCCUUUACGAAGUUCAAGACAUCAAAGAGGACUAGGAAACCCUUAUCAGUCAUCACAUCUCCCAAACUUUGGAUUUACAUCUCGAUAUUCCCAAGCUCCGCCUGAUGCCCCGUUAUUUCACAGCGCUUUGAAUGAUUUUCAGGAAGAAGAUGAGGAGGAGGAACGAGAGAGGGAAACUGCAGAUUUCUUUGCGCUUCAACGAUCACGGAGGGUUUUUGCACCUACGAGAGAAUUGGAAGAAAGUGAGGAAACAGAGCGCGACGGGAGUGAUAUAGCUCUGGGGAAUAGUAAAGAUGAUGGAACCGCAGGUGAUCAUCGGGAACGUCCACGAGGAAUAAAAAGUAGUUGGAAAGGCGGUAUCCAAAGUACCAGAGAGCGAGGCCACACACCAGAAACAGUUGGAGAAGAACACGAUGACGAAAGUAGGCGACCAAGCAGUCAGGGAAGCAGUAGUAAAGGAAAGGGAAGAAUGGUCGAUAUUGGACUAGAAUCUACGAUUGCCGACAGCUUACCGCCAAGUGAACCGGAUUAUGAUAUGGGUGAUGAAAAUCCACCAGCAUUUCAACAAUUCAAAUCUGGGCCAAAAUCUGGCACAACUCGAUUUACAGAUGAAUCUAUCAGAGGCAAUGAGAGGGAUAUCGAGUCACAUCAAUCGCCUGGUCCUCGAUUCCCCAUACGACCGAAUGAAGUGGAGGUUGUUCCGGUAGCAAUUCCUACAACUCCAGACGAACUGGAAGGGCCAAAGCAUGAUAUGUUUUGGGGGUCAUUAUUUUUGAUAUGCUUGGCUUCACUUUUCGCAACUUUCUUUCUGAUAUUCCUCCAUACAUCAACGCCUGACGGAGUGCUCGGAGACACGAUAUAUACCACUCUCCAUUCUUCAUUCCAUCUAUUCGCAGUCGAUACCCUUGCAUCAAUCAUCGUAUCAUUUAUCUGGCUUGCUUUACUGCGAUCUUUCGUUCGUCCAUUAGUAUUCCUGAUUGUUCUCGCGGUACCAGUCAUACUGAUUUCGUUCUCACUGUAUCCUAUGGUGUCUAGUAUGAAAGGGUCAACAGAACGAACUGGUGUACAAGAUAGGGCUAUGAGAUGGAUGUCUUUUAUACCUGGAGCUCUUGCUUUGCUUUGGUUGUACACUAUUUAUAAAGGACGUCAAUCGUUGACCAAGGCAAUCAGCAUUCUAGAGUUUGCGUCAAGGAUUCUCGCUUCGAAUCCUGGUCUGCUCGCAUUGGGAUUUGCUACGCUGGGGUCGGUUAUAGUAUGGACCUGGAUAUGGUUAGGAAUGUUCACGAGGGUAUUCUUGGGUGGCCAUCUCUCAAAGUCAGGACUGAGUUUCAUUAUUGAUGCAACGACCUGGUGGCUUGGUGUAUAUUUCGUAAUGAUGUACAUUUGGACUCUUUCCGUGAUUGGGGGUAUCCAGCGAACUACCACUGCUGCAACAGUUUCUCAGUGGUAUUAUCACCGUAAUGCACAGACAGGAGCUUCGUCUCGAGAGGUUGUUGCGGCAGCAUUCUACCACUCGACCAAUACGAUAUUUGGUACCAUAUGCCUAUCAUCAUUAAUAGCUCUUUUGAUUAAACUUCCUCUCCUCGUGUUUCCACGACGAUUGGUAGCGGCUAUUUCGAUAAUUGCGUACUCUUUUGUACCAGCACCGGUGACAGCAUUGCUCAAUCCUCUCACCCUCACCUAUGCUGCUAUCCACUCACAACCUCUUCAAACUUCAGCAAGAGGUCUAAGUCAAAUGACAUUCCUCACACCUCAAGCUCCUACAACCACGUUGACCCCACGAUCUUUCUCUUCCCGUACUCACGCCACAACCCCUCUACUCCCUUACCGUCUAGCCAAACUGCUUCUUCACGCAACUCGUAUCAUUAUGUCCAUGGCUCUUGGAUUUGGUGGCUGGGUAGCAACUGCUCGUCAAUUGUCUAUCAGUAUGCCCGAAGGUCCUGGUCUCAAGGGAAGUGCAUACGCAUAUGUCGUGGGGCUUGUUGCUGGAUUUAUUGGUUGGGGUGUACUUGGGGCUAUGGAGGGGGUACUUAGUGGAGUUGUGGAUGCGACGGUUGUCUGUUGGGGAAGUGAGAAAGGAAUGGCUAAUGGUGGAGCAUAUUGCUUGGAGGCAGGCUAUUUGUUUGGUGAUGAUAGGGAGUAG